ACGAUACGAACAUCUCGUUUAAACGUUUAUGAAGACCGUAAACAAUUUGAACUAGCAAGCAGUAUAUAAGGAAGUAGCAACGACCCAGAUAGCAGUCAUUACGUCGCUGGAAAUAGUUGGGUGCGCGACAUGCAGACCCGCGUCAUGAUUCUGCUCUCCUCGUGGCUGCUGCUGCUAGCCUCGGUCGCCGGCCGCAGAACUCACGGGGCGCGACGAUACCUCCAGAGCCCGGACUACCCCAAUUACUUCGGUGGCGCAGAUAUGAACGCGCUGUCGAUGCAAUGCAGCCACAAAACCCUGCCUGGCGACCCGCAGACCUACUACUGCUGCCCGCUAUCUUCUAGUCCGCCGUACGGUCAUCGGGGUCUCGUGAUGGUGCGCUGCGGGGUGAAGAACUUCCCCUACGACCCGGUGGACUACUACUGCUGCGCCACCAGCAUCUCCGCGGACCUGGGCGGCCAGCAGGGCUCGCGGCUUCUUCCCCCGGCGCCCGCCCCCGUCCCUCCGGCCGUGACCAUGCCCCCGCCACCACCCGUCUGGAACCACCCUCCCCCGGCCCAAUACCCUGUCCGCCAUGUCUAGUGUCCGCUCUCUCUCCCCUAUCUCCCCUCCUCAUGCUAUCCCCUCUCUUCCCCUCUACCCCCUCCUCCGCUAUCUCCUCUCCAACCCUCUUCCCCUCUAUCCCCUCCCCACCCUUACCACUCUACCACGCCCCUCUCUUCAAUAUCUCCCCCCACUCUAUCCCCUCUCCAACCCUCUCCCCCUUUCACCCUCCCCUCUCUAAACCCUCUACCACGCCCCUCUCUUCUCUAUCUCCCCCCACUCUAUCCCCUCUCCAACCCUCCCCCCUGUCUCCUCCCCAACUCUAUCCCCUCUUCCCACACUACUCGACAACCGAGGUGCGAGAUCCGUGUACCAACUCUCUCACUAACACUUCCUCAACUAACCACCUACUCCUUUCGACAAGCAACAAGUAUUUCUUCAUAUUACUGUUCUUUUUCUUCACAGCAGGACCACUCGAUUGAUUAAUAUAUUCCACUUUGUUUUGUUUUUUUUGCUAGGCAUAAAUUCAUAAGCGAGACACGUGUGCAGAACCCGUGUUGUUUUAUUUGAGGAGUAAAUAAACAAUAUAAUACACGUAA